GUCCACCUCACUGGUCGAUGUGUGUGGAAGAACAAACGCCUCUGUGUUUCUGCCUGAGAGACACCUGCGAACGUUUUCCCUGAAGGCAGCAGAGACGGUGCUGCCCUCUUGGAAAAGUGUUUUUACCCUCGGACGAGCUCCGGUCCCCCGCUGAGGAUGGAGAAGUACGAGAAGAUUGGAAAGAUCGGAGAGGGCUCCUACGGCGUCGUCUUCAAGUGCAGAAACAAAGACACGGGGCAGAUUGUCGCCAUCAAGAAGUUUGUGGAGUCCGAGGACGAUCCCAUCAUCAAAAAGAUUGCACUGAGGGAGAUCAGGAUGCUCAAGCAACUGAAACACGCCAACCUGGUAAAUCUGAUCGAGGUUUUUCGACGUAAACGGAAACUUCACCUGGUGUUUGAGUACUGCGACCACACAGUCCUGAACGAGCUGGACCGACAUCCCAGAGGAGUCCCCGAGCACCUUGUGAAAAGUAUCACCUGGCAGACGCUCCAAGCCGUCAACUUCUGUCACAAACAGAACUGCAUCCACAGAGACGUCAAGCCGGAGAAUAUCCUCAUCACCAAACACCAAGUCAUCAAACUCUGUGACUUUGGCUUUGCCAGGAUUCUCACUGGUCCUUGUGACUACUACACAGACUACGUGGCCACUCGCUGGUAUCGGGCCCCUGAGCUGCUGGUGGGAGACACUCAGUACGGCCCUCCGGUGGACGUGUGGGCCAUCGGCUGUGUGUUCGCUGAGCUGAUGUCAGGGAUCCCUCUGUGGCCCGGGAAGUCCGACAUGGACCAGCUGUACCUGAUCAGAAAGACUCUGGGAGACCUGAUCCCUCGACAUCAGCAGGUUUUCAGCAACAACCAGUUCUUCAGCGGAGUUUCCAUCCCGGAGCCACUAGAGAUGGAACCUUUGGAGCAGAAAUAUCCGAACCUCUCGCAUCAAGCUCUGAGUCUCAUGAAGGGUUGUCUGAGGAUGGACCCGUCUGAGCGGCUGACCUGCGAGCAGCUCCUCCAGCAUCCGUACUUCGACAGCCUGCGGGAAAAAAGCCUGUCUCGAGAGCAGGACCGCUCCGUCAACAAGAGGACGCGCUUACCUCGCAAACACCUUCCCCCUGGGUAUUUGCCACAGCUGACCGGCAGCAGCAUCUUCCCAGCUCUGGACAAUAAGAAGUACUACAACAACCUGCGCAAGUUCAACUAUCACCUACCGAACAUCUAAACACACUGAUCUGAAUCUGACCCUGAACACAUCACCGUCAAGCAUCAACGUUUUCUGGAAAAAACCUCAGGAAACGCAGCAGACUCUGGCAGCACCUUUAUUUCCUCAAAGCCUUCGAGAGGAUCCAACCACUUUUUAAAAUGUUCCGUUUUUCCACGUGAGGUGUGUCGGGUGUGUCUUGAUACCGAUGUGAGUCUAUGCACUAUUCCCAACAUAUGGACUCGGGACAUGUUGGUUUAUGUACGUUGCCUACAUUUCAAGCUGAUUGGGUUGUGUUUUUGUGUAGCUGUGUAAAGACGAGGAGCGACGUGUUGCUCCGCUCGUAGUCGCCCAGUGGACUGAAGGUAAAACUACGACGUACGUACUGCCUUGCCUGGUUUGCCAAAUGUAUUUUUUUUUAAUAUAUAUAUAUAUAAUGA